GCGCAACAGGUGCAUAUUUUGAACAAAAUGAAAACCUCUAUCAGUGAAUGGUUACUAAUGUAAACUCAAAGACUUGAACGAUAUAAUUUUUUUUUUCUUUUGUACAGAAAACAUUAUUUUAAAAUUAUUGAUUAGUACGGACAAAAUUCAGAAUGGCCGAAGCAGAUCCUAUUACUUUGGCCAAGAUCAAUUACUACUGCCAGACUGGAUACUAUGGUCAUAUGGAGUCUGCAGCUUUAGAAGGACUACAGCGAUAUGGGAAUGAUCCCAUACUCAAAUUUUUCUCAGCCUUUGCUAAGGUCUUACAAAAUAGAGUCCAGGAAGGGAUGAGAGAGCUUGAUAUCUUGAAAGACAAGCGAGAUGUAAACCUCUGUGCCACUAUGGCAUUAAUGUUAGCCCACAAGAAAUCUCAAACCAUGGACCGAGAAGCUGUGCAGGAGCUUGAUGCCAAACUGAAGGAAGAGAGAAAACAAGCUGGAGAAUUGGGAUUGUACUUUGCCGGACUGUUUUUAUUUAACUCUGGAAAGUAUGACAAGGCAAGAGAGUAUAUUGACCGGAUGCUGAAGAUGGCACCUCAAAAUCCCGAUGUGUGGGCUAAAGAGUUGGGCUUAACGCUUAAAGGUUGGAUUGAAUUAAUGAGUGGAAGAGAGGCCAAAAGAUCAAUCAAGUUUUUUGAAGAAGCACUGGUAAGUGGCUCAAAAAAUGUCAACGCACUCUUUGGCAAGGCCAAAUACUUUGAGAUGAAGCACAACUAUAGUGGAGCUCUAGAGCUUAUCAACCAGGUGGUUGUCAGCCAACCCAGUUUCUUACCUGCUUUCUUAGAGAAAAUGAGGCUUCAGCUGGCUCUGCAAGACUGGGACCAGACUUUGGAAACAGCUCAGAGGGCUGAAGGUAUAGACAUACAUUGUAUUGGAGCCAUUGAGUAUCAAGUGUUGUGUAUGCUCUGCAGAGAGGGAAACUAUGCUGAGGCUUCAACCAAAUUAGCGGAUUUGGUCACAACUCUUGACAAAGUGGAACCACAGAGUGGCCAGUUGUACUAUCACAUGGCACAAGUUUUCUCAAAAUUGUGUGGAAGAAAUAACUUGGUCCUUCAACAAACACAAGUAUUUAUAGAAAGGGCUGUGUCCCUAGACAGCAACAGUGCUGACUUUGUCAAUGAAAUGGGUUGUCAGCUGAUGAUGCAAGGAAAGGUCAAGGAUGCCAUGAGAUGCCACCGUAAUGCAAUGCAGCUUGAUGAGACAAGUGUUGGGGCAUUGACUGGAAUCAUCAACUGCCAACUUCUGCAAGGUCACAUAGAGGAGGCAGCACAGCAGUUAGAGUUUCUCAAUGAGAUUCAGCAAAGUAUCGGCCGCUCAGCUGAUUUAGCAUACCUCUCAGCACUUUUGGCCAUCAAGAAAGGCAAAGGGCCAGAGAAAGCCAUAGAGCUACUGAAUGAAGCUACAGAGUUGCAUUUUGCAGGGCUUAAGGGUCUACCCCUUGGAAUUGAUUACUUUUGCAAGCUGAACCCUGACUUCUUGCUACAAGUUAUUAAAGAUUACCUUCAGUUUGCCCCUCAAGUGCCUGUAGCCUCUGGUCAACCAGUGAGCCCUGUACUCAAGAGGUGUCAUCAAGUCCUUGACCUGCUAACUCGAGCAGUACCUGGGCUGAUGGAUGGUUUAUUUUUAAGUGCCAAGGUGAAGUUUCUAGCAGGGGACAUUGCUGCUGCUCAGAGUACAUUACAGCACUGCCUAGAACAAGAUGCAACUUUCUCUGAUGCCCAUAUUUUAAUGGCACAGAUUCACCUCAGUCAAAAUAACUUUAAGUUGGCCAACCAGUCUCUGGAAGUUGGACUUAGCUACAACUUCCAGGUGAGAGAUCAUCCUCUCUACCAUCUGAUCCUGGCAAGAAUAUUAAAGAAACAAGGCAAUAUGGUGGAUGCCAUCAAAACUUUACAGAUGGCUAUGGUGCUACCUGGUGUAAAAAAAAGUGGAGCACGAGCAGACUCUGGUAAGAAAAGCAGAGUGGAACAAAUCAGUGUUCAGGAUAGAGUGGCGGUGUUCCUGGAACUGGCUGAGGCUCACAGAUUACAAAAUGAACAGCAUGAAGCUGCCAAAGUGAUGCAGGAUGCUAUCAAUGAGUUCCAAGGUACACCUGAAGAGGUUUGCAUCCUCAUCGCCAACGCUGACCUCACACUGGCAAGAGGUGAUGUGGAGAUGGCCCUGGGCAUGCUCAGAAACAUCACCCCGGAUCAGCCUUACUUUGUGGAGGCCAGAGAAAAGAUGGCUAACAUCUAUCUCAACUACCGCAAGGACAAGAAACUUUAUGCCAGUUGCUAUCGUGAACUUGUUGACAAAUACCCAAGUACUCAAACUUCCCUUCUGUUGGGUGAUGCUUACAUGAGCAUCCAAGAGCCUGAAAAAGCCAUUGAGGUCUAUGAGGCAGCACUGAAACAGAACCCUAAAGAUGCAGCACUUGCUUCGAAAAUUGGUCAGGCUCUUGUCAAAACUCAUAACUAUGGAAAAGCUAUCAACUAUUAUGAAGUUUCCCUCAAGACAGGUGGACAGAGCAGUUUAAGGUAUGACUUGGCUGAGCUGUUGUUGAAACUUAAACAGUAUGACAAAGCUGAGAAGGUUCUCAAGCAGGCCAUCGAACAGGAAGGUCAAGAUCUAGAGACAAUGAUUGAACACACCAAGUAUCUGAUUCUCUUAGCCAAAGUUUAUAACCAGGUGGACAGACUGGAGGAUUCUCAGAACACUUUACAGAAAGCUAGAGACAUGCAGGCCAGAGUACUAAAGAGAGUGCAGGUGGAACAACCUGAUGCCAUCAGUGAUCAAAAAGAACUAGCUGCAAGUAUUUGCAGUCAGUUAGCUGAACAUGCUGCCAACCAGAGAGAUACUGACACAGCAAUCAAGUUUUACAAAGAAGCUUUAGUGUAUAGUGAGAAUGAUAGCAAGAGAAGCCUAGACCUAGCUGGACUGUACCUUAUGUCAGAAGAUUUAGAUUCAUGUCAGCACCAGUUGAUGACUUUACUCAAAAAUGAUGGUGAUAAUAGCAAUGCAACUAUUAUGCUGGCAGAUCUUAUGUUUCGUAGGAAUGAUUAUGAUACAGCGAUGUAUCACUUUCAACAGCUUCUUACCUUAAAACCAGAUAACUAUGAAGCACUGGCCAGGCUGCUGGACUUGAUGAGAAGGGCUGGAAAACUGGAUGAAGUUCCUAAAUUUUUAGAUCAAGCCAAGAAUGCAUCUUCCAGAGCUCCACUAGAAGCUGGAUUCUCUUACUGUAAAGGUCUCUAUGAAUGGUAUUCUGGAAACCCUACAGAAGCUUUAAAAUAUUUCAACAAAUCUCGCAAAGAUUCAGAUUGGGGCAACAAUGCCAUCUACUGCAUGAUUGAGAUUUGCUUGAAUCCAGACAAUGACACAAUCGGUGGGGAAGUUUUUGAAUCAGUGGAAGGAGAAAGUGUUCAGGUUAGCAAAGACAAGACAGAUACAGAAAUAAUGGCUGUACGGACAGCUGAGAAACUCUUGAAAGAGGUCAAGCCAAAACCAGGAGAUCUUCGACCUUUGAUCCUUGAAAAUAUGUCCUUGAUUGCCACCAAGCAGAAGGCCAAUGUGGAGAAAGCUUUGAACAGUUUUACCGAGCUCUGCUCAGGAGAGCAGGCCACUCCUGAAGGUCAGGGGUCAUCUCUGUCUGAAGCUUCAGGUCCUCGGAAGAGAGAGCAUGUUGGUGCCCUGUAUGGAAUGGCAACAGCUUACAUGGUGCUCAAACAAGUGCCACGGGCCAGGAACCAGCUAAAGAGAGUGGCUAAAAGUCCAUGGACAAUUCAGGAUGCUGAAGAUCUAGAGAAAAGUUGGCUUUUGCUGGCUGACAUUUACAUCCAGUCUGGGAAAUACGACAUGGCUGGUGAGCUUCUGAAGAAAUGUCUCCAGUACAACAAAUCUUGUUGCAAGGCUUAUGAGUACACAGGAUUUAUCUAUGAGAAGGAACAAUCGUACAAGGAUGCUGCCAACAGUUAUGAGAAUGCCUGGAAGUAUGGAAACAAAAACAACCCAGUCAUAGGAUAUAAACUAGCAUUUAACUACAUGAAGGCAAAAAGAUUUGUUGAUGCUAUAGAUAUUUGUCAUCAUGUGCUCUCAACUCAUCCAAAUUAUCCUAAAAUACGUAAAGAUAUCUUGGAAAAAGCCAGACAAAGCAUCAGAGUUUGAAAGAAAGUCUUCAUUCCUUACUUGGUUGGUUAACUGAAAUUUGAAGUUCUUAAAAUCCGUCCUAAAUUGUGUAUAUACAUUAAUAAUAUUUGGCGAAAUGUUCAGAAAAACAUGUGAUAUUUAUUUUUUUUCUCUUAAAGCUU